CGGUUGGUCACUAGCGACCUACUGCAAACAUGGUGCUCGCUCAGGACAUCGACCUGCUCCACCCCCCCGCGGCUCUGGAGGCGCGCAAGCACAAGCUCAAGCGCCUCGUGCAGUCGCCGAACUCGUUCUUCAUGGACGUGAAGUGCCAGGGUUGCUUCAACAUCACGACGGUGUUCUCUCACUCCCAGACGGUGGUGCUCUGCGGCAGCUGCUCCGCGGUGCUGUGCCAGCCCACCGGCGGGCGCGCGCGGCUCACGGAGGGGUGCAGCUUCCGGCGCAAGGGCGACUGAUCGAUCGAUCGGUCGAUCGAUCGGCCGCGUCGUCGCGACAUCGCGCUCGGCGCGGCGGAUCGGACGCGUGGGGGUUUAGAGUGGGGUCUAUGAAUAGGCAAAAACGGAGGACGGCGCGAGGGAGGGCGCGCGACGCGACGCGGGCGGCGGCGGGCGAAUGAAUGGAAAGCUUAGCCGUCGCGUCGGCUGCGCGCGCGCCGCGGAGGUUGGUUUGGAGGAUGUGAGCCCGCCUCGAGGAUCGGUAGUCGACGCGCCUAGUAGGCGUGUUUCUAUCGAUGCGAACGUUCUGAUCGA